UCUCCUCUCCUCUCCUCUCUGCAGAAUUGCCAACCGAACCGAUUCAUUUCUUCAAGGUCAGGUCAGGGCGCUCGCGCAUUGCAAGCAGCAACAAGCUCCCAUUCUUUCCUACGAUGGCGUCAAUUUUGCUGAAAUCCCUAGCGGGACGAUCGUCCGCUUUGCUGGGUUCCACCACCGCAACCAGAAAUUUGAGCCUUGUUAGCAGCCAAGUCAGCCCACACACCGCCAAAUGGAUGCAGGAUACAACCAAAAAAUCUCCAAUGGAGUUGAUCAACGAGAUUCCUCCCAUCAAGGUUGAGGGAAGGAUUGCCGCAUGUGAAGGGGAUACGAACCCUGCACUUGGUCAUCCAAUUGAGUUCAUCUGCUUGGACCUGAAGGAGCCUGCAGUUUGCAAAUAUUGUGGUCUGCGGUAUGUCCAGGAUCAUCAUCACUAGGAGCUUGGUACGACUUAUCUCUGUAUGUGAGGAAGGACAAAAGCAUUUGACUACAUUAUAUGUUACCGGGGCAAUCCAUGCCAUCUUUGGCAUGCUUUAUGAACUUCUUUAUGCAUUCCAAAAUUAUAGCAGUUUGGUUUUGAGUACCAGGGGAAUAAAGCUGUUGAUGUGUCUACCUUGUGAAUUAUCAGCAGAAAUUGGGAUAUCCAUCCAUUUCCUUGUUUUGAUUCUAUGGAUUUGUAUGCUUCUUACCUUGCGCAGUAUUAUUUGGCAUCUAGGGAGAUGAUUUGCAUAACUGUAUCCUGCCGAGCAUGGGAAUGCUAUCACUUCCAUAACGUGUAGAGGAUUGAUCCCAUGAUUACUGGUAUUGCGAGGUUUCUGUUCUUAAGCUUGCUAACUAGCUUGAUAUUGCAAAGACUCAUAUUUCUACACUGCACUUGAUAGGGGUCGGGACAUAUUGGUUAUUAGGUAUCAUCCUGCCAUCAAAAUCUGUGAGAAGUUGGAGCUUCUUAGUCUGUUUCCUUAGAUCUUUGAACCUGUGAAUGUGAUGCGUGAUAGGAUCACUGAGGGUGAUUUCUUACUCUGUACCCAAGGAUUAUCUUUCACUUGAAAGGCUGAGAUAGGGGAGAUAGAUUACAUCGAUCCAUGCAGCAUGAUACUGGCUGGGACAUGUUGGAGUUUGCGAACAGAAGAAAGCUGGAGCCUGGAAGGCGGUCACUAUCGGUCUGAAUGUGGAUCUUAGUUUUGCGGGGAAAAUAUGUAAUUUGAGUGAUGCAUCGCUUAGAUGAACAAGAAAGCCUAUGUUUGCCCACCAUCAUCAUUUGCAUCUUUCAUAAUCGCAUUGAAUAUUAUCCUCGACUAAGUUUCCGGGUCAUCAACUUGAGUUUUGAAUUGAUUACAAUCGUCGUAUUGAGAAGUGUUUUUUUAACACAUUGAGAAGUUUUAAAAAACAGAGAUGGAAGAAUUGCAAAAUCCAGCUCUGCAAUUGCUCUUGAAACCCUCCUCUGAUGCUCCAAAGUCAUACAUGUGUACAAUAAGAAAGUUCAAUUGAACUUUGUGAAUGUCGAUUUUUGAAAUUCCUUCCCGAUGAUCCAUUUGACUGAGAGUGAUAACGCUGUUUUAGUACGGCGUAAGGUCAUGUUUCAAAAUUCUUCUAUGGUUAAUUCCACCCUUUCGAUUCGAACACAUACAUGCACUAAUUUGAAAGGGGAAAUGACAUUGACAAAUGCAGGAGUUUACUCGGGAUUUUGCCUGAAAGUGAAGGUUUAUACUGUCUGCUCCGUUCGCCUUAUUCUUCCUCCGGGUAUCGAAUGCAAGAGCGGAUAGGUGAGGUUAUUUGACUGGAAUGAUGGUAACAAAAAAAUUUAGGUUUCGGCCAGUCAAAGCUAGUUUUCUUUACACUAUGUUUGGCAACAAGGGGGGUGCAAGUUCGAGGGGGGUACAAGUUGAGGGGUAAAUUGUUGGGGGGUGCAACUUGGUGGAGGGUGUAAGUGGAGGGGUAAAUUGUUGUUUGGAUGAAAAAGUAGGGGGGUGCAAAUAGAGUAAAAAGUAAGUAAUUAUAUUAUUAUAAAAUAGAUUUAUCAAUUUAUAAAAUAUUAUCACAAAAUAAUAACAUGAAAAUUCAAUAUAUAAUAAUAAAAAUAAUAAAUAAAAAUAAUAAAUAAUUUUAAUUUUA